GUUUGGAGCCGCAAAGGAAAGGCAGCCCGCACGCUUGACUUUCCGCCGAUCUCCCGAAGCACUUUUCAUCCACGCGACGUCAACCCAACCACAGCCUUGUUCCACACACACACCGGCCCCCUUCAGUUCUUCUUUCACCUGAACGGUUGCUAUUUUAAAGUCAGAUAGAAUGUCCUCGCGAAUCCCGGACCGCUCGGGUCCGCGGCGCAGCCGGUCGCGAUCCCCGUCGUCCUGGCGUCAACCCCAGAAUCGCCCCCGCAAUGAACGAGAUUAUCGCGACCGACAGGAUUCAAAUCGGGGGUGGGAUAAUGGGAAUUCGCGCGGCCCUGGUCCAUCGCGGGAUAUGCGCGACCAAGUUCGCCUCAACCAGCUCCAAGAGGACGAACAAGCGCGUGCGUGGGUUGCGCAGGAGGACAUAUUUGUGCUCAAGCAGGCCAAGAAAAAGGCAGAGAUUCGAGUCAAGGAAGGGCGUGCAAAACCCAUUGACUGGCUGACUGUCACACUGCGUGUUAUUGAUCCCACACGCGACCCUUUGGACGAUGAAAUCACGGAUUCCGAGCUCGAUGUGGUGGACCCUGAUGGUGUCUUCGAGGGACUGUCGCAGUCAGAGUUGGAAGAUCUGGAGCAUGAUAUUAACACCUUUUUGAAGUUGGAGUCAAACCCGCAGAAUAGGGACUUUUGGCAGACCAUGAAGAUCAUCUGCCGUGAUCGCCAGAAGACCUCUGCACCUCAAGGACGAGCCCUCAGCUCAGUGGCCGCCGAUAUCAACCGACUACUUAGCCCGAAGACAUACGAACAACUUCAAUCAUUAGAGGUCCAAGUCAAGAGGAAAUUGAACUCCAACGAACCCAUCGAUACGGACUACUGGGAAGAGCUGUUACGCAGCUUGACAGUGUGGAAGGCCCGGGCAAGACUGCGCAAUGUAUACCAAGAUGUGAUCGACGAACGCGUUCGUGAUCUCAGGAAACAGCAGAAAGCAGAGGCGGAAUCUAUCCGGGAGAAGCUUGCUCCUCUUGCACCUAUCGUGUCUGCAGGUGACCAGUCCCAAGUAUCUAUGGAUUCUGCCAAAUUUGAAGGCUUGGAUCCCGAUCCGUUGCUGCAUGUGCGCCAGGAAGACAAAAGUCUGGAAAUUAUGGACGAGUCCGUUUUCCUUCGUCAAGUGGCUCGAGAGCGUCAAAAAAUCCUCCGGAUGGGAUAUGUUCCUCUUCGACAACGAGGUGCCGAGAGGCCUAGUGCGGUUACCACUAGUACGGCGUCCUCUAACACGGCCGCAUCAGGGAUCCCUGGUCGCUUCUCUGCGAUUCCCAAUGACGAUUUCUCACAAGCUACCAAGGCUUUGUACGAGCGAGAGCUGGCUAAGGGUAUUAGUGAAAACGAAGAGAUCUUUACGAGCGAAGAGGCCGUGACUACUGCUUCCCAAUCGCAAUGGGCUGGCAAGCACCGGCCCCGAAAGCCCCGAUACUUUAAUCGGGUUCAGAUGGGCUACGAGUGGAACAAGUACAACCAGACCCAUUAUGACCAUGACAACCCGCCGCCAAAGGUUGUGCAGGGCUACAAGUUCAACAUCUUCUACCCCGACCUUAUUGAUAAAACCAAGGCCCCCACGUAUCGCAUCGAGCGAGAGGAUGGCCGGAAGCGAGGACAGUCCAAUGCGGAGGCUGGGGAAGAGGACACUUGCUUGAUUCGAUUUGUGGCUGGAGCUCCUUACGAAGAUAUCGCUUUCCGCAUUGUCGAUAAGGAAUGGGACUAUAGUGCGAAGCGUGAACGAGGGUUCAAGAGUACCUUUGACAAGGGCAUCCUUCAACUCCAUUUCCAGUUCAAGAGGAUCUAUUACCGGAAAUAGUACGGGACCAAUCAUGCCCAUAUGGACGUUUCUCUCGGGAGGGCAAGUGGACAUUGGGUGUUGUGUGGUGUAUGCAGGAUGAAGAUUCGGGGUGUAUUUUACAGAGCGCUGACUGUCUGUGAAUCCAAUUCUCUCAUGAUUGAUUGGGCUGGAAACUUUAACCCUUUUUUUCUUUUCUCAGAAGAUCUACCCAUUCAAUAAGCUUACGAUCUGUCCGCACUGUCCGCGUGUGGAUUCCUUUAUCAAGAAUGCUUAAUACAACCACUUAUUGACCUUCCGAGGCCCCCGUUGUUCCUACAACCUUAGCGACUUGGGUAUUUUCCCUCCCCGAAAUAGGGGAGUAUCCAUGAUUCCCCACAACCACUACUUCGCCCUCCCGCAAAGUACCCAGUGAGGGGGAUCAGCACUGCCUUUGUUCUUGCGGAACGGCGGACGUUGAAAACUGUUCUGGUGACACCUUACUGGCCUGCAGCUUGCAGGUCAAUAUGUGACAUCCGGAUGGCUAGAAGCAGGCGAACCAGGAAGAAACACUCACAAUGCUGGACGGAACAGCAAUUCCAGCGAGGUGGUGCUUUUGUCCAGAGAUCUGUGUCUCUUUUUUACCUAUUUUUUACUUUCUCGGACAGCCUGUUUCCCUUUCCAGAAUGGCCUCUAGUCCCGGUUUCAACUUCCAGAAGACCAGUGCUCGGGCCGCAAUGAAUGGCGACAAGUUCUGCAGCUGUCCGCCACCAGCAGACCAUCCCCUCUUCUCUCUGCCCCCGUCGGCCCCUGAAGCCCAUUUGAGGUCCCUCCAGCCUAUCUGGCAUUCAUUCAACGCCUACCUGUACAUCCGCUGUGGCACUGAAUCGACCCGCCUUGACCCUCUAUGAGAUCAUUGGCCAACCUCUGUACUAUGAAAAGCCCCGUUCCACAGCCUAGGCAUCUGGAGGGAGGCAAUUUCUCGUAAUGCAACAAAGUGCCAGAAUGCAGUCGAUCGACGCUGGUUGUCUGUAGCCCUUUCCACUAUUGCUCUCUUCUCUCGUUCCCACUCUCUUGGGUUUUCUUCUAGUCUUUUAGUCCCGCCAUCCUAGUUCUU